AUGGACAUGGAGCAUUAUAAAAUCAAUCGGCUCGUUAUGUCAUGGAUCGGUCAAUGGCCCGAGCAAACUGGAUUCAGUAGAAUUUUCCUCUCUUUUAAUCUCAUCUUUGCGGUCAGCAGUCAGCUUUGCUUGCAGAUGAAGAAUCUUCUUAUCGAAAUGAGGAACAGUUGGAACUUAGCAACACUCAACGCUCAAAUACAAAUUUUAAGAAAGUAUACGGAUAAAGGCAAGAAGUUGACUAAGAUAUACGCAGCUAUAAUGUACAGCAGCAUGUCUAUGUACAUGACUUUACCCAUCAUACCAUCCAUUGUGGCUUUCUUCACGAACGCCAACCAGACCCAAAUGUACGGCCUGCUAUAUCACGUGGAGACGAUUUUCAACGUAGAGAGAUACUAUUACUUUAUCCUGCUGCAUUCUUAUUAUACUACCUUCUUCUUGAUGACUAUUCCAGUAGCGACGGAUUCUAUGCUGGUGAUUUAUGUGCAACACGCAUGCGGUCUUUUCGAAGCCAUAGGAUAUCAAUUGGAAAAUAUAAAACAGAAUGAUCGCACCGACAUUAACAUCUAUCCGCAAUACAAGGACGACGAGCAUUAUCGUAUAAUCAGCGACAGCGCUGCAAAGCACAUAGAAGUUUUACAGUUUUCCAAAUUAUUGACAUCUACAUACAGCAUAUCUUUACUUAUAUUGACAAUAUUAAACGUGGCGGUCAUGACAUUCAGCGGACUGGUGGCCUUGAUCAACAUAAAUCGACCUCUGGAGGCGUUCAGAUACGCGGUAACGUGUUUGUGUUUGACGAUGCAUUUUCUCUUUCUCAGUAUGCCGGGUCAGCAACUGAUUGACCAUAGUUCUAAUGUAUACGAAUCUAUUUAUGCUGUUAAAUGGUAUGCUAUUUCCGUGAGAGCGAGAAAAUUGUUGAACCUGAUGUUAAUACGCUGCAGAACACCGUGUCAAAUUACAGCGGGGAAGAUGAGCAUUAUGUCGUUAAAAACUUUUAGCACG